AUGCCGAACCGAUACGUGGCCUACGCCCUCUCGGCACUUUUGGCGGUUGUUGGAGGUGUGGCUUUGGAGCAUGAUCUGGAUAGCCAGUGUGCCCUGCAAGUCAGCACGAAGGCCGCUGCCCAGCCGGGCAACUUGCCCAACUUGACAGGCAUGGCACCAGGCCCUACGCCCGCGCCUGGGUCCAUGCAGACCGCUGCGUCCUUCGGUGGACCACCCCGGCGCGAGAUGGCGGCUCCGCUUCGAGUCGCGAUCUUUAUGACGACGCAUUGGAGUGAAGCGCACCAAAAGUACCUGCCGUGCUGGGGUCGAGCGGCCCAGCAAAUUCCAAUGUUGCAGCAUGCCGACCUGAUUCUGUACACAUCGGGAAAUAUCAGCAGUUCGGACAUUGAGCGGUUUCAUUUCCGCAACGUUACUGUCAAGAAGUAUGUCAACGACGGUUGGCAACAGGGCGCCACAAAAGCAGUCAAAGAUGGUUUCGGUGAAAAGGGAUACCAGGAAAAGUGGUUCGAGGGCUACGACUGGGUUAUCAGGCUGAAUGCAGACGUGCUAAUCAUGGAUGACACGUGGUUGAAGAAGACAAUGGAGAAUCCCUCCAUCGAUGGAAUCUUCGGAACGUGCAUGGGUGACCAAAUCCACACAGACUUUUUUGCGCUCCGCCCGCAAGCUGUGGACUACAAGUUGGUGGAUGAAUGCUCAGACAAGUAUGGCGCCGAGAAGCACUUUACUUGCGCCAUCGCGAAUGUACUUCGAUCCAGGAGGUUCACGUGGGUCGAAGGUGCCGAGGAGAGGGUUUGCAAAAUGGUUGGGGCACGCUCGCCCAUCGUGCACGUGCACAACUUUUCGGCGUGCUGCCCGGACUACCUCGCGCCUGAGGCGAACUGCUCCAAGCUCUCCGGGAUCCCUUUCGUCGACCCGAAUGUCGUGAUUAAUAAGCUUCUACCGUAUGGGACUGCUCGAUCUUGGCUACUGUAA